AUGUCGAAUAUAUCUUAUGAUAUUGUACAUAUUAUGAUUCAUGAUCAAGAAAAUUCAUAUUGCGAGUGGGAAACUUUACUAAAUUGUAAUAAUAAAGAUCGGUCAACAUAUAAAGUUUUAUUGUCAAUAGCUGGGAUAUUUGAUUUUUUCGUUUUCUUUUUGACUUCAUCAUUUCUGUUUUGGAGAUUAUAUUUUCAUUCCAAUGAUAAAAUAUGGAAAAUACAUAAAUGGACAUCGAUAAAUAUAAUAACGACAUGGCUAGCUAUAUAUUGUUUGUUUCGUAGCCUUUGUAGCACCGUUACAGUAUUAGAUCUUUUUGCAGGAAACAUGGUUAUAAGAAGCUUAAUAUAUAAAAUUGGAUUUAUACCAGGUCAAUUAGCAAUUCAGAUUUACUUGGCCAGUAUAUUCCGAUUAAUUCCCAAAUUAUCCUUGAGUCAAUCCAUAUCUUCAUCUUUCCUUCCUAAUAAAAGUGAAAUUUCUAAUUCUAAAAUAACAACGAUAUGGAUACCAAAAGGUAGUCAAAUUACUAAAAUAUUUCGGUUUCUAUCGAUAUAUACUUUAUUUGGUGUAACUAUUCUUCUACUGAUUAGAGGAUUUGAUAUAGAUAGGAAUGGUGAUAAUAAAAGAGCAAGGAUUCUUUUAUUUUGUGUAGAUUUGAUUUACGAAUGUAAUAAUUUAUUUUAUGUAAUAUGUUUUUUAUUUUAUGGGAGAAUAUCAGUUAAUUUGGCGAUAAAGGGUAUUGAAUUGGCUGGAAUUAAUGAUAUUAAUGAAAAUUCAAAUCAAGCCUCACAAGAAUGUCAAAUUAUAUUUAAAGCUCGCAUUCGCAGGGGAUUAAAAAAUGGGAAUAAUGGUAAGAAAUCAAUUUAUUAA